UUGUGUGUAUUUCACUUAGGAACUUACUGCAGAAAGCUAGAGCGAAGAAUCUGAGACCAAGAUGGACAACGCCACUUAUACAUGUCCUUCCAACUCCAUUCCCUUGAAUCCACCAAGUUCUACAGUGAUCAAUGUGAAAUCUACUCCUCCUCCACCUAAAGACCAUCUGCUGUGGUCUAUCUGCAACACUCUCUACAUGAACUUCUGCUGCCUUGGAUUUUUGGCCCUUAUCUACUCAGUGAAGACUAGAGAUCAGAAUGUGCUUGGAAAUGUCAAAGCUGCCCACCUCUAUUCGCACAAGGCUAAGUGGUACAAUAUUCUGGCUUCUGGAUGGAACGUCAUUAUUCCUCUUCUCAUCAUCGUGCUCAUUGUCACUGGGAUUGUCCACCUCUCCAACGUCGAGGGCUCUUAUGACUUCUUCGGUGAGGAAGGCUACGAUAACUUUGGAAAGCUCUUCGGGAAAUAAUCAUCAUCUGAGGAUCCUUCUCAAUAACACUGAACAAGAACAAUACCUGGACAGUGCCUUUCAAGUGAAAACAUCAACACAACUUGUAAUGAAGGCUUUGUACAGUCAUUUAAACUUCAUAUUUCACAACUAGUGGAAUAUUUACAUGUCAAGUUCCCAAACAGUAUGUUUUCAAGUCAGUGCAGUUUGUAGAUGCAUAACUUCAACAUGUCCCCCUUACUUUUGGGCAAGAUUUUAAAGUUGCUUUGAACAACCACCUAAAAGAUCUUCUAAGGUGGUCUUCAAAUCAGGCACUUUACCAUGGGACUAGCCUGGUGUCCAUCUAAUGUACAGUAUACAGGUUGUAUUUAACAUUGAAGGCUGUAAUCAGUAUUAUUGCAAUACCAAAGCAGACUGUUUGACUUGCAAGUCUAGGUCUGCUUCAGGGUUUGGAAAUCAGUUAAUUGCAUCCAACCUGGUUAACACGUGUGGAAAAUCAAAGAUCUAUCUAUGGGGAAACAGUUUAGGAAAACCACAUUUAUAUUCUACAUGGGUUAUUCUGCCUGAAUAUUUUUUAAUUUAUAAAUGGUCAAACAUAAGUGGCUAAGGAUGCAGAGUACACUUUUUAACAUUGACAAUAUUACAAAACUUCAUGUGCAAAUACAGUAUUGUACAUGCAAACAACUAAAUCAAAGGCUGGACUUGCCACCCCUACAAACAUUAAUAUAGAAGAGGCAACAUAUACUAUGAGGUUUUUGGAAGUACUUAAAUUCUUUUACUUUACAAUUUAUAAUGUACUUUCACUCCUUGUGUCCAGACAGAUUAAAUAAAAUAAUGGUGCAAGGCUAAAAAUGUAUCUGUGUUAAUGUAACAAUGAAUUAUUGUAUUUGUUUGUCAACCUCUUUGUAAUUUUUUUGUUAUCAAAGAAAUCAUGUUUUUUUCUGUUUCACAAUAAACUAAUUAUUUAAUCCA